AUUGAUCAUUACGACGGGUAUUCUGUGGUCCGUUUGGUACCGACCACUGAAUCACAGCUCAGAUAUUUGCGACAAUUGGAAGAAAAUGUUUUAGAGCUCGACUUCUGGAGGGGUCCGUCAUAUGUGGGCAGACCUGUCGAUGUGAUGAUUCCGCCACAACUUAACCAAACUUUUGAUAGAAUAUUUAGCAAACGAUUUUCGCAAAAAUCUAUUAUAAUUAAUGACUUAGAAAAAGUUUUUGAAGAAGAGCGCAAACCAUACCAUUCGUUAAGCAAUAUCGACACCGCAGCAGAUGUUGUGGACAAACAUUUCGAUGACUACCAAAGAUUGGCCAAAAUUCAUGCCUUUUUGGAUGCGAUUACAGCUCAAUAUCCAAAUAUAGCGGGCGUUGAAAGCGUUGGGCUCUCGCAUGAAGAACGAGACUUAAAACUGAUUCGUAUAGGAGUUGGACAACAAAACAAGAAUAAGCCGAUCAUCUUUAUGGAGGCUGGAAUUCACGCCCGAGAAUGGAUAUCUCCCGCAACCGUUCAGUUCUUUGCCCAAGAGUUGGUCCAGAAAUACGGAACCGAUUCCGAUGUUACAGAUUUAUUAGAAACUUUUGAUUUUUACAUUCUUCCGGUCCUUAACGUCGACGGGUAUGAAUACACGCAUACAAACAGCCGGUUGUGGAGGAAAACACGACAACCGUCGGGAUCGGGAUGUUAUGGCGCGGAUCCCAACAGAAAUUUUGGAUACAAAUGGGGCGGAGAGGGCGCCUCUACUAAUCCAUGCUCCGAUACUUAUAGAGGAAGCAAAGCUUUCUCCGAACCCGAGACUAAAGCCGUUUCGGAUUAUGUGUUGAGUUUAGGCACAAAAGUGAGGGCUUAUUUUGCAGUCCAUUCCUACGGGCAGUACUGGUUGUAUCCCUGGGGCUAUACCAGCGCUUUGACCAAAGAUGAUAAAGAUUUGAAUCGAUUGGGAAAUAUAGCAAUCGCUGAAUUGGCAAAGAAAUACAAAACCAAGUAUACAAUCGGCACAUCAACUAAUGUCCUCUACGCGGCCGCCGGUGGGGCAGACGACUGGGCGUACGGCUCGGGAAAUAUUAAAUAUGCCUAUACUGUUGAGCUGAGAGAUAAGGGCACAUAUGGUUUCUCUUUACCAAAGGCUCAAAUCAGACCGACUGGUGAGGAAACGUCCAGCGCUUUCAUCGCAUUCGCCAAAGAAUUAAAGAAAGAGCUUUAA